UCUCUGUCGUCGCGCGCGCGGGACACCUCGAGCUGCGCUCGUUGCACGUACAACACCUGCCGCACGAUUAGGCACGCACGGUUCGUUCAUCCGUAACCCGUUUCGCCGAACCUUUUUUUUUUUUUAACAAAAUUGCGAGUUUUGAGCGGCACCCACAACCCACCCUCUUUCCCGACUUUCGAGAGAAUCGAGAGACGAAAUCGGGCACCGCGCGAUCGUCCCCGGGGUGUUUCCGACGGAAUCAUGCACGGGAUAACGAUCAACAAUAACAACAACGACACCAAUAACAUGUUGAUUUGUGAGUGAGUUUGCGCAUGAGAAUGAGGCUCUCUCGCUCGGGGAACGUUUUUGCGAACAUCGGAAACAAACAAUCGCGUCAUGAUGUUGGUUCCGCAAGAUAUCAUGGGCGGCCCUUCCAAGAUGCUGUACCAGAUGAACAAGUACUACGCAGAUCGGGUACAAGCCCGCAUGAACCAGAUACAGAAAACAAUACGAGAAGUGUGCAAGGUCGUGCAGGACGUACUGAAGGAGGUCGAAGUGCAAGAGCCGCGUUUCAUCUCGUCUCUGACUGAGUGCAACGGCCGAUACGAGGGUCUCGAGGUUAUCUCGCCGGGCGAAUUUGAGGUAGUUCUCUACCUGAAUCAAAUGGGUGUCUUCAACUUUGUUGACGACGGCACCCUGCCGGGUUGCGCCGUGCUGAAGCUCAGCGACGGACGCAAGAGAUCAAUGUCUCUCUGGGUGGAGUUUAUCACAGCGUCCGGUUACCUGUCCGCCCGAAAGAUACGCUCCAGAUUUCAAACACUAGUGGCGCAAGCCUGCGACAAGUGUAACUACAGAGAUUCCGUGAAAAUGAUCGCCGACACCACGGAGGUGAAGCUGCGUAUACGCGAGCGAUAUAUCGUACAAAUCACGCCGGCGUUCAAGUGUUCCGGCGUGUGGCCGCGAUCGGCUGCUCACUGGCCGAUACCACACAUUCCCUGGCCGCAUCCCAAUCUGGUGGCGGAAGUCAAAACGGAGGGUUUUGACUUGUUGUCGAAAGAGAGCGUCGCUCUUCAGGGAAAACAAUCGGCGAUGGAGGGCGACGCCUGGGUGUUGUCUUUCACGGAGGCGGAAACCAGACUGCUGCAGGGCGGCUGUCGUCGGAAGUGUCUCAGUAUUUUGAAAACUCUGAGAGACCGGCACCUCGAUCUGCCCGGGAAUCCGGUCACGAGCUAUCACAUGAAGACGCUGCUGCUGCACGAGUGCGAGAAACAUCCCCUCGAGACUGAGUGGGACGAGGGAUGCUUGGCCGAUCGCAUCAAUGGGAUUUUUCUGCAGCUGAUAUCCUGUCUCCAGUGUCGGCGAUGUCCGCACUACUUCCUACCUAAUCUCGAUCUUUUCAAAGGAAAGUCGCCCAGCGGUUUGGAAAAUGCCGCGAAACAAGUCUGGAGACUCACAAGAGAGCUUCUUACGAAUAGCCGUGCGCUGGAAAAACUUUAGCGUUUUUCUGCGCGACAAAAAAAAACGCGCGACAACGAAGAGCGACAAAUCGGAAGAUCUCGAGAAUGUUGCCACAUGGAUAUUAUAUAUGCUUCUCGAUACUAUACACAGUUACGGCUAUUACUUAAUACAUGCUUGUAUCAAAGGCUUAGGGAUGGUGCAUUGUUACAAAUGAUUCGUUUUCACUUAAAUUGUUUUAAGUUACACAUGGUUUCUUCUUUAGUGACAUUAACGCGAUUCAAUUAGCAAAUAUAACACACUUUAAAUAGAUCGCCGAACUUUUGAGCUUUUUUUUUUCAAGUUCAACAACUAGUCACGUGGAAAGUAAAGUAUCGUACGAUAACAAACGUUUGGUAAUUAUUUUGACACUCUUAUAUAUGUUGUUUUGAAAACAAUUUGUAAAAAUAAUUUAUAAAUUUAUAAUGAAAGUUUAUAAAAAUAAGCAAAGAGAUCAUGAUAAUUGAAUUCACUGAACACGAUAUUUCACGCGACUAGUUAAGUAAAAAAUAUCGUUAUAAUAUAUCGCGUUAAUUAAUAAUGUAAACACAUAAUGUGUUGUACUAUAUAUGAAUUAUGUUUUUGUUGAAAAAAAUUAGAUACUUUAAAUAGUGUGCAAUAUAUAAUUAUGAUAAAAUAAAAAGUAAAU